AUGAGAUUCGAAAUAUUCAAAUUUGGUCAAAUUCAUAUGUACGAUCAAAAAAAGAUAGGAGAUAUUAAAAAUUUUUUGACGGACACUCCUCUUGUGAAAACAGAAAUUUCAGAUCAGCGUAUGAGGAAAACUAAAAUAAAUGUUCCUGGAAAAUGGAUCCAAAAUGGAACGUUAGUAGAGUAUGAAGCUCUCGGGGAUUGUCCAAAACACAAUUCGAAUAAAGCAUGUCAAGAAGCAACAACAUCGAAUACAACGUGUAUUUGGUGGGAAACAGCCAAUAUAUGCAUUACCAGCAAUAAUAAGGAUAGUCAUGAAUUCAAAAGCUCGACUGUCAACGUUGUUACUGAACCAACAACUGAAUUGAAGAAGACUAGUCCAAGUACUGAAUCACAUUUG